AUGCCGGAAAAACCAGAAUCAGCAUCAUGGAGUUCUUAUUUUGACAGAGUCAAACCAAAGUUAUAUAAACUAAAAGUAGAUCUUUCAAAUUUGAAAAAAUAUGAAUCGAACGAACAGAAAAUAGGUGCUAAGAAGAUGAACAAUAAUCGCAAGGAAA